AUGUCUACGCCACCUUCUCCGACGCCACCUGGGCUAUCACGCCUGUUCUACUCGUUUACCCGUGCACUAUCAUUGUCCCCCACAUCUCCGAAAGGCGAGAAACUGGCCGUACAACCACUAGACUUCGAUGCGGGCAUCAAUACAUCCAAUGCUUGGACAGAGCACCAGCGGGAGAGCAUGACGCUCGCGACCAGCCCACAGGAAUCACCAUCUCUAUCGGAUGAUGAACCGGACGAGGAGGAGGUAGAGCCGGAGGACAUCGACGGUCGUGCCGCGCGAGUACUGCACGACUUCGAGGGGAAGCCGGAGUUUCGCGAGCUCAGUGCUUCUGCUGGGGACGAGAUCGAGAUCAUGCGGCUGGACGUAGGAGAGGGCUGGAGUCUCGUAAGGAAUAUGGAAGGGGAGAUGGGCUUGCUACCGCAGUCGUACUAUAAGAUAGUCGUGGAUUUUGUUGCGGAACCUCCAGACGCCCCUCAUACUACCAGCCGUUUCAAGAAGCGUGAAGCCUCGACCAAUUCCCUCACACCGCGUAACUCUCCAAAACGAGAUGCGCUCGUGGUCCCAGAUGACGAUGGGCCGAUCGUUAUGCAGACUACUGGAGAACGCAUGCUGGCUUCACUGCCCAGCUUCCGACAGAGCUUACUGGGUGGAAAGAGCCUAAACCGCUUCAGUAGCUUCGUGACGAGCGGCGCUGAAGACUAUGUGCUCAAGGGACCGCCUGCAUCGGAAAUAGUCGUCCCCACAAUUGUCCACGAGCGCGUCUCUAGCACAGACAGCGAUAUCAUCGAGGAGGAAGAGGAGGAAGAGCCCGAAGCCAGCGGAUCGACGCCACGCAGGGUUAGUGAAGCAGACAGACACUUCGUCGAUGCCGGUCCAAGCUGGCGAGCCAAAGUUCCGCCGUUUCGUAUCAUGGUACACUCGCCAUCAAAACGCGCAUCUAUGCUGUCCGGCUCGUUCACUGUCUACAGCGUCACAUCGCUCUUCCAUCUUCCGAAGUCCGAAGCAGAGGAUGCCGACGGAUCAGAUGCGGACGAGGAGGCUCACGCUACACGAAUAACCGUCCAUAGGCGGUUCUCGCACUUCGUCGUACUACAUACCGCGCUGACGCGUAGGCUGCCUGGGAUCGCACUCCCACCACUACCUGAGAAACAAUACGCGGGCCGUUUCAACGACGACUUCGUAGAAGCACGCCGGGGGGAUCUUGAGCGAUACCUGCAGAAGGUCGUGCGACAUCCCGUAGCACGGUACGCUGAGAUCUUGACGUUCUUCCUCGGAUGUGAGAGCGAUACGGAAUGGAAACGUCAACUUCCGCGCCACUUGGCCCUACCGCCCGCGGGACCCACAUUCUACGCCAACGUAUUCCAUCCUGAGUUCAAUGUCGACGCGGACGAAGCAGGCGAUGUCGUCUAUCGAUUUGAAGCCCACAUUAAGGCAGUAGGGAAGGGAGUUCAGGGACUUCGAUCUGUGUUUGGGCAGACGCGUCAAGCACGAACGGAGAUGUCCAAAGCGGAAAGGCUUCUAUCUUACUCCCUGUUCUCGCUUGUGACCGGGAAACAGUUGGCCAUGACCCAUGCUGAAGAUGUAGAGUCCGAUGAGGAGGAGGAACCCGACGACCCUAUCGAAGCCGCGAAACGACGUGCACGAAAGGGCAAGAGUGUCGUGAACCAGGCAGGAGCCUGGUGCUGGAAGGAUAACUGCCAACAAUGCUUAAAGCUGACGAAGGCCCUGGUCAAGACAGGCGAAACGCUUCAGAGCGUUGCAGACCUAUACGAUGACCACGCACGGAGAACCCAAUUGCAUACCCACGACAUGCUGAAGACGGUUGCACACCCAUCACCCAUCUAUGCACCCGUCAUCGAUACCCAUAAGAACGCCCUCAGACGCUACGCAGAGUCCGCCCGCGGCACUGACGCGAAGGACGAGCAAGUUGCCGCGCGUUGCGAGACAGUGCUCAAUACGACUAUGGCCGAGAUCGAGACGUACCACACUCAAAAGGUGGAAGACUUCUCGAACGUCGCCAAGGAGCACCUCGACGGCGAGAUUGACUUCUACGAGCAGGUCCUUGUUCGUCUACGAACGGCGCGGAGCACAUUUGAAGAGCCAACAUACGAUCAGCUCGGCGUUGGCGCGAGGCAACCGUCGAUCUACGAGCGCGAGCUAGAGGCACCGCGGUUAGAGCCCGAGCCAUUACCGCAGCCGUGUCCGCAUGUGUAUGACUCAACACCGAUGCGGCCUGUCAGCCAUGCCAUACAGAAAGGAGUGAGCUUGCUGCUUGGCAAUGGGCCGGGUCGCGCGAGCGUGUUUGGGCCGUUCUGGUGA